AUGACAUCAAUUCGAGAAUGGAUGUAUAAAAGACUUGACGGGAAAUUUCUUAGCCUAAUCUAUGCUAACAAAGUCGAUGAAUUCAUUGAUUUUGUUAGUAAGCAAGAAAAUGUUUUGAUUGAUGGGUUAAUGAAAUGUCCUUGUUCAAAAUGUCGAAAUAUACCAUACCGAGAUCCCGAAACCGUCAAGCUACAUCUGUACAAGAAUGGGUUUAAGCCAGACUAUUAUCGUUGGACAUGUCAUGGAGAAGAACACUUUAGGGAUGAAUCUCUAAGUAGUAUGGCCACCUCUAGUCGAGAUGCAUCUAAUCGUUAUAAGGAUAUGGUUAUAGAUGCAUUUGGACCAGAAUAUGAUAUGGAACAUGUUGUGGAAGAGGAUCCUUUACCUGAGCAAAAGAAGUUCUUUGACAUGUUGGCGGCAGCUGAAAAGCCUUUAUAUGAUGGAUGUAAGAUGUCUUUGUUAUCAGUUGCUGCAAAGGUAACAAACAUCAAGUGUGAAUACAACAUUCCUCAUAGAGCCAUUGACAAUUUUACAUCUUUGAUGAAAGAUAUGUGUCCAGAAGAUAAUAAAAUGACAGAUAAUUUUUAUAGGACUCGAAAAUUGCUUGAUGGAUUAGAACUUCCACAUCAUAAGAUAGAUGUAUGUGUAAAUGGAUGCAUGUUAUUCUGGAAGGAAAACAAAGAUCUUACAGAAUGUUCUUUUUGCAAAGAACGUCGCUACAAGACUUUAAGAGCAAACGGUAAUAGAAGUCCUAAAAGUGUUCUCACUUAUUUGCCAAUUGCUCCUAGGUUGCAAAGAUUGUAUGCAACAAAACAUACAGCAGAUCAAAUGAGAUGGCAUGCAAAUGGUAGUAGAAAUAGCACUUCAAUGUCACAUCCACGUGAUGGUGAGGCAUGGACGCAUUUUGACAAAACAUUUGAAGAUUUUUCUAGAGAGUCACGAAAUGUCCGACUUGGCCUUUGCACCGAUGGAUUUUCACCAUUUGGAAAGUCGGGGAAGCAAUAUUCUUGUUGGCCUGUCAUUGAGUUGAAGCUCUUAUGGGAGGUAGGAGUGCCAACUUAUGAUGUUUCAAGGAAACAAAAUUUUCAGAUGAGAGCUGCUUUACUUUGGACUAUAAAUGAUUUUCCGGCUUAUGGUAUGUUAUCUGGGUGGAGCACAGCUAGUGCUAGCAAAUUGGCAUGUCCGUAUUGCAUGGAGAAUACAAAAGCAUUUAGAUUGAGUCAUAGUAGAAAGCAGACUUGGUUUGAUUGCCAUCGACAAUUCUUGCCUAAUAAUCAUGUUUUCCGACAAAAUAAAAGUGGUUUUUACAAAAAUAGGACAGAAUGUGCCUUACCUCCACCGAGAUUAAAUGGACAACAAGUUUGGGAACGUGUGUCCUCUAUGCCAAAAACAUGCGAGUAUUCAAGUGGAAAUUUGCAAUUUCAUCCACAAGUGGAGAUGGAUAUGAGAAGAGAAUAUGGUUCUACUUGUAGACGUAGAGGUGGCCAUAAUGGAAUGGGUCCGAUCAUUCGGAAUUAUGGUCGACCAGUAUUACCUCGUGUUGAGCUGCGUGAUCGCUCUCCUUCACCAAUUACAUCACCUGAAACUGAAGAAAAUAACUCUCCUCAAGAUGAUGUGGUGAAUGAAGACCCUGAUUCUAACUCUGAAGAUCACGAAAUAGGUGCAAAUGUAUCUGAUGAAAUGGGCAAUUCUAAUAAAAUUGAUGCUAUCUUGCACCCUACUAAUGGUUUAUGGUAA